CUCUCUCUAUUAUGCAUUUUGAUGUCAUAUAGCUUUCAUAUACUGUCUGACUUACACACCAAAAUUUAGGUAGAUAAAUAACAUCCCGAAACAAGUUCUUUCUCGGCCGAAAUUUGCUAAUUAUACCUAAGUUUUGGAGACGUUUCGAAUAAAUUUCAAUAGUUUAUUUGUUCGAUAAAGAGUAUUGCUAUGUUAAGAAAAUAUAUAAGUGAGUGGUUGUUGACGGUAUUGAUUUAGUUUAAGUGAAGCAAUGCUAUUGUGUGUAUCUCGUUGUUUGUGAUUAGUUAUUUACUCGUGAAUAGAAUAAUAAAAGACGCUCAACGCAUCAACGAUGCUGUACACAACGUUCCUCGUUUUGACAAUAUUUAUAAUCGUUCACACAAAUGCCGUCCAAGAUGUAAACGAGCCAGUGUGGGGCUACGAAUGCCUGAACAGUCGAUGCGUUAAAACGCGCAUCAACACAGUUUCAACAACCGAAGCAGUAAGUCUGCAAGUGUGCAAAAUCUUUUGUGGAACCGACAUCGGAACGUUGUGGCCGAAACCAACCGGUUCGGUGAAUUUGAAAAAUGUUAUGGCCAAAAUUGAUGUUAAUUCGGUAGUGCUAAGUGCCUCAAAUUAUAAGGACCAAAAACGUUUUUGGGACGAGAAUAGGGAUCGACUGAUCCAGCAAAUAAAAUCAAAAAUUCCGCAUAAUGUUAAAAAUGAUGGCGGUAAAAGAGUUCGUAUCGAUAUUUUGGUUGAAAGUAACGAUGCCAUACUCACCAUGAACACCAACGAAAGCUACAAAAUUGUGACUGUCGAUAGAGGUGAUGAUAUCGACGUUAAAAUUGAAUCACCUUCCAUUUAUGGAGCUAGACAUGGACUGGAAACGCUAUCGCAAAUGGUAGUGUUUGAUGACAUUCGCAGGGAAUUACAAAUCGUUGCGGACUUUGACAUUAUUGAUGAACCCGUAUUCAAGCAUCGUGGAUUGCUUUUAGAUACUUCACGUAACUACUUUUCCGUUGGAUCAAUCAAGCGUACAAUUGAUGGCAUGGGCAUGGUUAAACUCAAUACAUUCCAUUGGCACAUCACGGACUCGCAGAGUUUUCCACUAGUACUCAAAUCUCAUCCAGAAUUAUCCCGACUUGGUGCCUAUUCGAUUGAUAAAGUGUACACUGCAGAGGACAUCAGUGAGAUUCUCGACUACGCUCAAGUGCGAGGUGUUCGCGUAAUACCCGAAUUCGAUGCUCCGGCACAUGUGGGUGAAGGCUGGCAAGGUAAAAACUUGACAGUCUGUUUUAACGCUCAACCAUGGCAAAAGUAUUGUGUGGAACCACCGUGCGGCCAGUUGGAUCCGUCAAAGGAUGAGCUGUACACGGUACUAGAGGACAUUUAUCGGGAAAUUAUGGAAAUAUUUAGAUAUCCGGACGUGUUUCACAUGGGUGGCGAUGAAGUUUCUCACUCGUGCUGGAAUACCAGCACUGAACUGAAAGCUUGGAUGACGAAACAGGGCUGGGGCCAUGAAGAAGGCGAUUUCAUGAAGCUAUGGGGCCAUUUCCAGAACAAUGCUCUGGAACGGGUCGACAAAGUAACGAAGAACAGAUUACCAAUCGUAAUGUGGACAUCCAGAUUGACAGACAUUCCAUACGUGGACGAAUACUUGGACAAUUCUCGGUACAUCAUUCAGAUAUGGACUACCGGUGGGGACAUUAAAAUUCAGGACUUACUUCAACGCGGUUACAAUCUGAUUUUGUCCAAUUACGAUGCAUUAUACUUCGACUGUGGCUAUGGCUCUUGGGUGGGUGAAGGAACGAAUUGGUGUUCGCCGUACAUUGGAUGGGAAAAAGUGUACAAAAAUGAUCUUGGCAUCAUUGCCGGUCCGUACAAGUCACAGAUUUUGGGAGGUGAAGCCGCUUUGUGGUCGGAACAGGCCGAUGAACAGGUUUUAGAUGGUCGCUUUUGGCCUCGCGCUAGUGCUUUAGCUGAAAGAUUGUGGUCCGAUCCGACUAUUUCGUGGAGAGAUGCCGAACCUCGCAUGUUGGUUCAUCGCGAUCGUUUAGUGGAAAAUGGAAUAGCUGCCGAAGGUUUACAGCCGAAAUGGUGUAUGCAACACGAAGGCGAUUGUCCACUUUAUACGAACUAAUGUCUAACGAUCGCUGCAGUUAUAGUUCAAUGCUCAAUUUUAUUUCUUAGAAAAUGCAAAUAUUACUCUACAGGUGCUGACAUUUGUUUAAGAUUUUUUAAUUAAACGUUUUUUCUACAA